AUGGAUCCCGUCUCGGCGAUCGGAUUGGCGUCUGGGAUCUUGACCUUCGUUGAAGCGGGUCUCAAGCUCGUAAAAAUAGCCUACAACAUACACAACUCUCUUGAUGGUGUCCUAGACGACAACAGACACCGCGAAAAUGUCACCAGCGAAGUUAGCAAAGCAGCUCUGAGGCUUGAAGUGGCAGGCAACGCCCGUUUGACUCCCGAGCAAGAGUCACUUUCGGAUCUUGCCAGGAAGUGCAAGGCGACUUCAACGGACUUAGUCAAGGCCUUGAAUCAAGUUAAACCAAAGCAGAGCUCGUCCAAUCCCUUCAAAUUGUUGCGAUAUGCCGUCAAGGCAGAGAUCAAGGCGAAGGAUAUCUCUGAGCUGGAGAACCGGCUCAAAGACUAUCGUGAUCAGCUCACUCUCACACUGGUUGAUUUCUCGAGAGUUCAGUCAGCAGGUGGCUUCAAUGAGCUAAUCUCACUUGCCAAAGGCAACGAAGCUACGUUGAAGAGUAUGACUCAGGCCAUAGAGCACCUGCGCCAAUCACAACUUUCCGCACCUGAUUCAAUUGCCAAUACACAAGCUUUCAGUCAGUUUCAGAGGUUACUGAUGGUCGACGAAGAAACCCGUGGAGCAAUAUAUCAAGGUCGCAUUCUGGAAAGCCUCAAGUUCGAUGAAAUGCAGCAGAGAUUUGACGCAGUCCACAGUGCCCACGAGGAUACGUUUAAGUGGAUUUAUGAGAUGACUGAAGUCAUUAAGGAAGAUGGUGACUUGUCUUACAUGGAAAAACUACGACAAGAGGCGCUUAAGAUGCAACUCAAAUCAAGAGAGAGAUUCAUAGGGUGGCUCUUGUCACAAGACCCAUCUUUGCCAAUCUUCCAUAUUUCUGGAAAGUUGGGAUCUGGAAAAUCAACACUGAUGAAGUUUCUAUGUUCUCAUCACAAGACAGAAAACGCAUUAAUUAAAUGGGCUGGUGCGAAGAAGUUUGCAUUCACUUCGUUCUUCUUUUGGCGGAAUGGUUCAAAGGCACAAAAGUCGCUUGACGGACUUUGUCGCUCAAUCCUUCACGACGUACUGCGAGAGCGGCCUGAUCUCAUACCCGAAGUCUUUCCUGGCCAGUGGUGUCAAGCCAAACAAGCUCCCUGGAGGGUUGAGAACCGUCAAGAAAUCCCAUCGUCUGUCAUCAAGGGUGCUCUUGAAAAACUCCUACAAAACAAGAAACUAUACCAGCAACACAGAUUCUGCAUCUUCAUUGAUGGCCUCGACGAGUUUGAGCCUGGCGUUCAAGAUGGAUUGGACUACAUUGACUUGGUCAAUGUCCUUCGACAAUGGACGAUUCGUGCCGACGGGAACCUAAAGCUCUGCCUUUCGAGUAGAGAAGAAGGUGUAUUCAUGGAUGAAUACGAAAGUGACCUUGGCUUCCGACUCCAGGACUUGACCAGGUUCGAUAUGCAAAAUUAUGUCCGCAGUCGCCUGAGCAACCUAAAGGAUGAAAAGCUAAAAAGCGAUCUCGCUACUGAAAUUCCUGAGAAGUCGUCAGGGAUCUUUCUUUGGACCUAUCUUGUUGUGAAAACGAUACGCAAUAAAAUGACACACAGGGCCACCAGCGAGACGUUAAGGAAACACCUCAACACUUUGCCUAGAGGCCUCGAGGCACUCUUCCAUCAUAUCCUUCAGCAACUUGAGCCGGAUGAUGCGAGAAAGACACUCCGGAUUAUAGAUUCUCUUCAAACUGCCAAAUCGAACUAUAUCGAGAUGCCACUACUCGCAUUCCCCUUUCUUGAUAGAUACGAUAAAGACACAGAAUUCUCGUUACACAACGGUCUUGAACAUGAGCUUAUCCCAGACGAGGGGAUCCUCCAAACGCAACUUCGUGGUGCCUGCGGCGGCCUGAUAGAAUGCCAUGAGGGUAAGCAGUAUGGGAGAUUGCAGAUUCUUGAGUUUGUUCACCGAUCAGUCCCCGACAUGUUCUACAAGGAUACAAAAGUCUCAGAACUCUCUGUGCAAAUGGCAGCUGCCCUUGAUGGUACAGAUACUAUUGACGUUGUCUCUCAUGUCUGCUUCGCUACUCUCCGGCUUUCAGGUCAAAAGGGGACAGAAAGCCUUGGAAGGUCUUCCUCGCUUUCUGGUCAUAUCGAUUACAUGGAGUGGAAAAUCCUGAAUGAUGCAAAUGCUUUGAACAACGCGGCUAAGAGAGCCUUUGUUGGUCAGUUUAUUCUCAUCUCGAAGCAUUGGGAAAUAUUCUUCGAGAAAAGCAUCUUUACAAUGGAUCCCAGAAUACCCCUGAUUCCAUCUACCACGAUACAAGAUUGGAGCAACGAUAACUGGGUGGUGCCGGACCCAGUUACCUUAUCGGCCUGGCAAUUCUUCUUGACCUAUAUCAUUUUGAACUUUUCAUGGUAUGUCGGCGUCGUUAAAGACAAUGGAAACGUCAUAGAACGAUUUCUAAGACAAGGGGCUGACCCAUAUUGCCGCAUCCUGGUUGCAUAUGAAGAGACCAGAGUAUAUAUGACAAUUUGUUUUCGAGAAUCGAAGACUUGCUAUGUCAUCCCACGCGACUCUCCGUGGAUUUUGUUCGAUUACAGUAUAAGAAAGGUCAUUGAAAGAUGCUUGACUUUGAGGGGAAAGCCUCUAGUCGACUGGGACAAGAACUUCACAGAAGAGUUCUUAUUUCGGGAAUGGAUUGCAUUUACCGACUGGCCGAACAGGGACACUUUAUUGGAAUUGCUGGACUGCAACUCAACUAUGAGAUACAACAACGUCAUCAAGCCAAGGCUACCAAGUAAUAAUAGGUGCCUUUAUAACGAUAGCCCUCUGUCGAAAUGGCAACUUGACUCCCUCGAUCCAUUAUCGCCUGUAUAUGCAAGGUCUCGAAGGGAGCGAGCCAGAGCACCAACACCCAUUGAGCAUGACGGCCAUAUAUAUGAUCUAGUUGGCGUGAACUCUCACCAACAGCUCAUCCUACGAGAUCAAUGCGCGUUACACCUGGACAUUCGCAUCGAAUGUUUCGCUGGACGUGCCGCCAUCUGGGACGGUGUGCCAUGGCAAGUCGAUUACCUAGAGGCCAUUCCCGAUCCCCUAAACUUCACCAAACCGCCCCGGCGUGUCCUUCAUCUCAAGCGAUGGACUGAAAAGGGUCAGAUAAAGAAAGUCAUUGACGAACCAGACAAUCUUCGAGCAAUUUUCCCAGGCUCAAAAGGAAAAUAUAUGCUCGGCCCGAUUAAGCAUGGCAUUGUACGCAUGAUCCCAACCGCAUCUCGACAGAGAAUUCACAAACCAUUGCUUCCUGGGAUAACUUUCGAGGCUCGGUUACGAGGUCGUGAGCUUUACGGCCCGUUCCAGAUCGAGGCCAAGAAAGAUGGCCAACUGGUAGCCAAGCACGUUCUGGACGGAUUCUGUCUUAUCAAAUUCACCAUUGAGCCCCAUGAGAUAGCGCCCUCAUAUGUAAGGGUCAAUUGUCCUGACUUUGGUGGUUGCUUCGACAUCGACGCGUUUCUUUACUGCGAGGAUAAGCUUCGAUGUCGGGCUACCAGUGUCAAAGCAAUCAGAGCGAUGAGAUUACCCACGAGCGAUCGCGAUCCUAUGUUCGGGACGCUAUCACGAGGUCCAGUACCACUUCUCACCAACGGUUUGGACCAUCUUGUCGUCUUUGAGAAGUUCAUCCGAGACUGCACAAUUCCUUCUCCAAAGACAUCUCAGCAACGGCGAUUGACAAUACUCAACCUGUCGAUGUGCGAUCAAGGUGACGCCAAGAUCGUAGUCGACGCGUUAAUUGACUUUCGAGAGCAAAAUCCAGAUGCAAUCAUGUCUGUCGUGGUAUCAAAACUAGGACCUACGAUUUAUCAAGAUACACCAGCCUGCAGGGAGUAUGUCAAGCUUCUUGAGCGCAACCGAAUCCACAUCGAUAUGUUCACUGGCGUUGAUGGUCCAACGCGCCAAGUCGUUCACGCCAAAGCGAUAGUCAUCGACGACAGGACACUCUUCAGCACUGGUGCCAUCGUAGAUACCAAGCCGAUUGACAAGGCCGACUUUUCCAUCGAGCUUCCACCCACGGCAGCCAAAGCUUUUCAGGUCUAUAUGCAAGAAGCCAUCCUUGGUGGCGUGAGCAAUGAGCGUCGCGCUCAUCUUGGCUCACAGCUCGCUAUCCUAGGCGUCAUAAUAAAUGACCCCAUCGCGAGUUUGACCUACAUCAGUCGCGCGCAACAUACACUUCUCCGAGGUGCUCGUCGCGACCUCCUCGUCAGUGUUUCAGAACUCGUUGAUCCGAAAAUCACGAAACUCUUGGUGAGACGGGCAGCCAACGGCGUGACGGUAACGAUACAAGUCCGUGAAAUAGACGCGGUAUCAUCAAGAAUUCUUACCCAAGCGACGCGACGCUACGGAAAGCGGCUGUCCGUUGAAGAUGUCAGCUGGUGGGAGCCGCGCCCCCAUUACAACGCGAUCAUCGCAGAUGACAGUCUCGCGUAUCUUGGCACAUCGUACUUCUGGCCAACACAAAGAAACAUGAUUCAUCAAGGUCGAUCGCUUGAAAAUGGGGUCUUGCUUGAAGGAGAGGCUGUGAAGGUUUUGAGGAAGCAACUGGAUGACCUGCGCGACCCUUUUACAAAACAUUUCCUCCAAAAUUGGGGACGAUUUCGCGAGUCCAGCUACCCUGCAGCAGGGAUGGUACACGAAACUAUCAUCCUACCACUUCGACUCUGCCGACCAGAUGAAGUCACUUGUCGGCCGCAACAUACUCUUCUCUUCAAGCGACGACGGAAAUGA